AAAGUAUUGUGCGUUUCGUUCAAUGGUUUGUCACUUCAUUUGAUUCACGCAUUCAUCUCAAGAUUAGUUACCAUUCAAUGGAUAACAAGAAGAAGGGCUUUGGUUUUGGGAACAAAGGCAACGCCAAGCCGUUCACCAAAACCAAGACUUUUAACACGAAUUCAAAGCCGACGGAUGCGUUGCCGCCGAAAAAGUUUCGGCAAAACGAUGACAACGACGACGACUUAGAUGACCAGACAAUGGAUGAGGACAUGGACUUCAUGUCGCAGGAGAUGCUCGACGAAGACAUGGAUGCGGCGGAUGACAUGUUGUCGGCGCCGGAAACCACUUCAACCAACACUCGAUGGUGUCGUCCCAAUAGGGAUGACGUGAAUGCGGACACCGACGACAUUGUCUUCCAGCAGAUAGACAUUGACUCAUAUGUGGGACCCGUUAGACAGGGAAUGCCCGGACCCGUGGACGGCGAGGCGCCCAUUAUGCGGAUGUUUGGGGUGACAGAGAAAGGGGUAUCCAUUAUGUGUCACAUCCAUGGCUUCGCCCCCUAUUUCUAUAUCCCGGCGCCCAUUGGUUUCAAGAAAGACGGCUGUCAGCAGUUUAUGGAGAAAUUGAAUAAAUAUGUCAUUCAAGACAUGCGAUCCAAUGACGGCAUUGAGAACGCGGUUCUGGCGGUCGAGUUGAUCCAAAAGCAGUCCAUUUAUGGAUAUCGCGGUUACGAUAAAAUACCGUUCAUUAAGAUAACGAUGUGUUUGCCGCGACUCAUCGCACCGGCCGCUCGUAUUUUGUCCAAUAAUAGCGCCUUCUCUUCGGAAGGUCUUCAGUCAUACGAGAGUAACAUUGAUUUCGACAUCCGGUUUAUGGUGGACACGCAUGUCGUCGGUUGCAAUUGGAUUGAACUGCCGGCCGGCGCCUACACCAUACGGCCCGCCGAUGAAAUGGUCUCUCGCUGUCAACUCGAAGUGGACAUCGCUUACAACAAAUUCAAGUCAUACCAACCGGAAGGCCAGUGGUCUAAAAUAGCGCCCUUUCGUGUACUAAGCUUUGACAUCGAGUGCGCCGGAAGGAAAGGUGUCUUCCCGGAGCCAGAGAUGGAUCCUGUCAUCCAAAUCGCGAAUUACGUGAUAAGACAGGGAGAGAAGGAUCCGAUCAUUAAAGUGAUCUUUACUCUCAAGGAUUGCGCGCCAAUUGUCGGACACGAAGUCAAGUGUUUCGACGACGAGAAGAAGUUACUGAACGCGUGGGCAGACUUUGUCCGCGAAUGUGAUCCCGAUUUGAUCACCGGUUAUAACAUACAGAACUUUGAUUUGGGAUAUCUUAUAGAUAGGGCUAAACAUAUAAAGUGUAAUACAUUUGCCUUUUUGGGACGAAUCAAGAAAAGUCAGACAAAAGUGCGAAAAGCGAUCCUUCAGUCCAAACAAAUGGGGAAACGAGAGAACAAAAUGAUUAACAUUGAGGGGAGGGUUCAGUUCGACCUCCUGUUGGUCUUAUUGCGCGACUAUAAGCUAAGGUCUUAUACGUUGAAUGCCGUGAGUUAUCACUUCCUACAGGAGCAGAAAGAGGACGUUCACCACUCCAUCAUUACUGACCUGCAGAACGGAACCGAUCAAACCCGCAAACGUCUGGCCGUCUACUGUCUUAAAGACGCCUUACUUCCACUGAAACUCAUUGACAAACUCAUGUGUAUUAUUAAUUACAUGGAAAUGGCGAGAGUGACGGGCGUUCCCCUGUCCUACCUCUUGACCAGAGGUCAACAGAUUAAAGUCAUCUCACAGUUACUGCGCAAAGCCUUAGAACAGGACCUAUUGAUGCCGUCCCUAAAGCCAGAUCAGGGCGACGACUUCACUGGUGCUCUCGUUAUCGAACCCGUGAGAGGCUAUUACGGGGUUCCGAUCGCAACCCUCGACUUUGCCUCUCUAUACCCGUCUAUUAUGAUGGCUCACAACCUCUGCUACACAACACUUCUUAACCCCAAAAAGCUUAACGAAUUGAAUGAAAGCCAAUACAUCCGAACGCCUGCCGGAAGUUAUUUCGUUAAAUCCGAUCUAAGGAAAGGUCUUUUGCCUGAAAUCUUAGAGGACUUAUUGAUGGCCAGAAAGAAGGCUAAAGAAGAUCUCAAGAAAGAGACGGAUCCGUUGAAACGCAAAGUGUUGGACGGCAGACAAUUGGCUUUGAAAAUCAGCGCCAACUCUGUGUACGGGUUCACUGGCGCACAGGUCGGCAAACUUCCCUGUCUUGACAUUUCGCAGAGUGUGACCGCAUUCGGCCGAAUGAUGAUCGAUAUGACCAAAACGUGUGUCGAAGACUUGUAUACAGUGGCCAACGGCUACCCCAAAGACGCUCAAGUGAUAUACGGAGACACGGAUUCAGUUAUGGUUAACUUCGGUGUGGAAACAGUGGCCGAAGCCAUGAAAUUGGGUCAACAGGCGGCCAUUGAGAUCACAAAGAAGUUUAUAAAUCCCAUAAAACUGGAGUUCGAAAAGGUGUACUUCCCUUAUCUGCUCAUUAAUAAGAAACGAUACGCCGGCCUCUACUGGACUCGACCCGAAAAACACGACAAAAUGGACUGCAAGGGCAUUGAGACCGUUCGCAGAGACAACUGUCCACUCGUGGCGAAUAUGAUUAACAAAUGUCUUCAGAAGAUUCUAAUUGACCGCAACCCUAACGGUGCCGUCGAUUUUGCCAAACAAACCAUUUCUGACUUACUCUGCAAUCGCGUCGAUAUUUCGAACCUAAUUAUCACUAAAGAGUUGACCAAAAGUGAUGGCGAGUAUGCGGCCAAACAGGCGCACGUGGAACUGGCCAACCGAAUGGCCAAACGGGACGCCGGGUCCGCCCCUAAACUCGGCGACAGAGUUCCGUUUGUGAUCAUCGCUGCCGCCAAAGGGACGCCCGCUUACCAGAAAUCUGAGGACCCGUUGUAUGUGUUGGAGAAUAGCAUUCCAAUCGACACCCAAUACUAUCUCGAGAAUCAAUUGUCUAAACCUUUGAUGAGAAUAUUUGAGCCCAUCUUUAAAGAGAAGACUGAAUCCGUUCUUUUAAGAGGAGAUCACACCCGCACUAAGACAGUGGUCACGUCAAAGGUGGGCGCUCUCGCCAAGUUUACUAGUAAACGCGAGACUUGUAUUAAAUGCAAGACUCCGCUCAAAGACGACAAUUUAGCCACUUGUGACUACUGUGUCGACUUUGAGGACCAACUCUAUCAGGUAGAGAUACAAAAGCUCAAUGAAAUGGAGGUUAAGUUCAAUAAGUUGUGGACACAGUGUCAGAGAUGUCAGGGAAGUCUGAUGGAGGAAGUGAUCUGCACGAGCUGUGAUUGUCCCAUAUUUUAUAUGCGGAAAAAGAUUAAAAUAGAGUUAUCCGAUCAGCAAAAGGUCAUUAAACGCUUCGGUGUUCCCGAGUGGUAGACCACACCAUCCCAUCCCUCCAACAACUUUUCAUGAAUUGUUUGAAUAAUUUUUAUAUUAAUUAUUUAAAUGAAAAUUAUUGAUUUUCUUGAUUUUAUAUUUGUAAACUAAUUGACAGUACUGC